UUCCGACCCCUUCGUUCAUUCCAUUACGUAACGCGGGGGCGUAGCUGGACCCCAAUCAUUGUUCGCUAGGAGCUAGCUGCACUAUGGCUGACUCUGUCGUCUCUCUGUUCGUUUUCCUAGUGGUCACGGGGCUGGUGGCUGUAGAUGGAGUGAAAUUCAACUGCUCGGCCCUGCCUCCCCUCACCCAGCCGGCGAGGACUGUACGCGAGCUGAAGCCGCAGGACGUAAAAGUUGUGAUGGCGUUGGGGGACAGCAUCACUGCAGGGUUUGGGAUGAUGGGCAGCCACGGAAUAUUCGUCUGGGAGGACUUCUAUGAAUACCGAGGGAAUUCGUUUAGCAUUGGAGGAGACAGCAACGCUCAAACUAUCGCAACGUUCCUGCGAUUCUACACACCUGAUAUCAUUGGUAGCAGUGUAGGUAACCACGCAUUUGAGGUGUGCUAUGAUGUGCUGUGCCCACCACUGCAGUAUGAACCAAGGAAAGAUGUAUUCAACGCUGCUCAGAGUGGAGCCAUGAUCACUGAUGUGGUGAAACACGAGCUCAACUACCUCAUCAACCAAGUCAAAGAGAAUAAAGAUGUGGAUAUGGAGAAUGACUGGAAGUUGCUGACUCUUUUGAUUGGAGCCAAUGACCUUUGCAUUUCAUGUCUGCACAUUAUUCCGUACCUGUCGCCAGACGACUACGAGAAGCAUUUGAACGAGACACUGACAGAGAUCAAGAAAUCUCUGCCGCGAACAUUUGUCAAUCUGGUCUUGAUGGGAAAUCUCUCUCAGAUAUACGAGCUAUCGCUGAAGUCAACGUACUGUAAGGAUGUACAUCGACUGAUUCCCAUUGAAUGUGUGUGUGCCUUCACUGAAGGGAAGGAAGGAGAGAAACUAAGGAAAGAUUUGGACGUAAUGGCACAAGAGUAUAAUGCCAGGACAAGAAAGGUGGCAGCCUGGUGGGCAGAGCAACAGUACGAUGACUUUGCAGCAAUUCCGCAGCCAUUCUUCUCUGAGGCCAGGGCUGAUGACUUCCCCAUUGACUUCCUUUCCUCUUUGGACUGUUUCCACCCAUCCCUGCUUGCCCACCAGACCAUGGCCAAAGCUCUGUGGAACAAUAUGCUGACUCCUGCAGUCAAGAAGAGAACAACAUUUGAUUUCAAGGAGCCGUUUGUCUGCCCAACAAACACGUCUAUUUUCUAUACAAACUGAACACUGAAAUACAAACUGCCAGCCGGUAGUUUCAAUACAAAUGACUUUGGUUUUAAGUUUACAAAGUGUGACAGCUUGCUUGCUGUGAGUUUUCAAUAGAGACACACAUUUAAUUUCAGAUUCAUUGACUGUUUUGAAAAUUAAUCUGAUGUUAGUUCGGCAAUAAAUCUCUGGCAGAUGUCCGAGACUUGUUUGUGAGCCUCAAGCAUGCACAGGUGCCCCGCCCCCUCCAGAGGGUGGCAUCGUCCCUCUGCCACGCCCAGGGUCUUUGCAGCCUCCUGACAUGUGGGUUCAGGGAAUACUCCGUCCUCUGUCCCGUAGAGACAUAUGCGAGGAAUAUCUCCUAGGGCCUCGGCUCCUUCACAAAUGGCCGCAGUCCACAUCUCAUUGUCGCUACAGUCUGCACCAAUCACCUGCGCAGGUAUAUGGAGAGCUAUAAUCGUGUGCGGAUCUUUAAAUAAUG